AUGUGGAACCACCUCGCGAUUUGUGGAAAGGAACCGCAAUUCCCCUGCGAGACUUGCGGAAUCCGUUUCAAACACAAACACCACUUGACGAGACACUUGAAAAAUUCGAGUAAAAAUUGGAGCUGUCAACAGUGCGGGAAGAGUUAUUAUUGGCGCGGGUCGCUGAUGAAUCACAUUAGGGUCGAGUGUGAUUUAUUUUGGAACACGAUGGAAGGCUACGAAACAGGAACCAGCGAAGAAAAAAAGACUUAUCAAUUUUACGACCCGAAUUAUCAGUAUACUUGCCAGAGAUGCGGAAAGUCUUACAAAAGCGCGGGCUCAUUAUCAAGACACAGGCACUACGAGUGUGGAAUCGAGCCUAAGGAAAAGUGUAACCUGUGUGGGAAGAAAUUUCCUCAUAGGUUUAAGCUCACGAGACACAUGGUGUCCUGCAAAGCCAAGCAGAAGUUUGAUUGGAGAUUAGGACAGUAG